UGGAACUGAGCAGCCGCGCCAGGGUAGUGGGCGCAGAGGUGCGGGCCGGGUACCCGGGAGCUGCCGCCCGCAGUCCCGAGAUGGGCUGGCAGUGAAACUAUGUAGCUUUUAAGAGACUCACUUUGACCCACUUGCAGUCCAUAUGGCUCUGUAUGAUGAAGAUCUCCUGAAAAAUCCUUUCUACCUGGCUCUUCAGAAGUGGCGGCCCGACCUGUGCAGCAAGGUGGCCCAGGCCCACGGCAUUGUGCUGGUGCCCUGCAAAGGAAGCCUGACGAGCAGCGUUCAGUCCACUUGUCAGUUUGAGUCCUACGUGUUGAUUCCGGUGGACGAGCAUUUUCAGACCUUAAAUGGAAAGGCUGUCUUCAUACAAGGGAACAGGAUCAAAUUAGGGGCGGGCUUUGCCUCUCUGCUCUCGGUGCCCAUUCUCUUUGAAGAAACUUUCUACAACGAGAAGGAAGAGAGUUUCAGCAUCUUGUGUAUAGCCCAUCCUUUGGAAAAGAGAGAGAGCUCAGAGGAGCCUCCAGUGCCCUCAGAUCCCUUCUCCCUGAAAACCAUCGAGGACGUCAGAGAGUUCUUGGGAAGACACUCUGAGAAGUUUGACAGGAACAUCGCCUCUUUCCACCGGGCGUGCCGGGAGUGCGAGAGGAAGAGCCUCCGUCACCACAUAGACUCGGUGAACGCGCUCUACACCAAAUGCCUGCAGCAGCUCCUGCGGGACUCCCACCUGAAAAUGCUUGCCAAGCAGGAGGCCCAGAUGAACCUGAUGAAGCAGGCAGUGGAGAUGUACGUCCACCAUGAGAUUUAUGAUCUGAUCUUUAAGUACGUGGGGACCGUAGAGGCGAGCGAGGAUGCCGCCUUUAACAAAAUCACAAGAAGCCUUCAAGAUCUUCAGCAAAAAGACAUAGGUGUGAAGCCCGAGUUCAGCUUCAACAUCCCUCGUGCCAAGAGAGAGCUGGCCCAGCUGAACAGAUGCACCUCCCCUCACCAGAAGCUGCUGUGCCUGCGCAGGGUAGUGCAGCUCAUCACUCAGUCUCCCAGCCAGCGAGUUAACUUGGAGACCAUGUGUGCUGACGAUCUGCUGUCCGUCCUGUUAUAUUUGCUUGUGAAAACAGACAUCCCUAACUGGAUGGCAAAUCUGAGUUACAUCAAAAACUUCCGGUUUAGCAGCUCAGCAAAGGAUGAGCUGGGCUACUGCCUGACGUCGGUGGAGGCAGCGAUCGAGUACAUCCGGCGAGGAAGCCUCUCCGCCAAGCCACCUGAGUCGGAGGGGUUUGGUGACAGACUGUUCCUUAAGCAGAGAAUGAGCUUACUGUCGCAGAUGACUUCCACUCCCAUCGACUGCCUGUUCAAGCACAUCGCAUCAGGCGACCAGAAGGAAGUGGAAAGGCUCCUGAGCCAGGAAGACCACGACAGAGACGCCACCCAGACCAUGUGCCACCCGCUGUGCUUCUGCGACGACUGCGAGAAGCUCGUGUCCGGGAGGCUGAACGAUCCCUCCAUUGUCACUCCGUUCUCCAGAGAUGACAGGGGCCACACGCCCCUGCACGUGGCCGCCCUCUGUGGGCAGGCCUCCCUCAUUGACCUCCUGGUUUCCAAGGGCGCCGCGGUCAAUGCCACAGACUACCACGGGGCGACGCCGCUGCACCUGGCGUGUCAGAAGGGCUGUCAGAGCGUGACGCUGCUGCUGUUGCACUACAAGGCCAGCGCCGACACCCAGGACAACAACGGCAACACCCCUCUCCACCUGGCCUGCACCUACGGCCAUGAGGACUGCGUGAAGGCUUUGGUCUACUAUGACGCGCAGUCACGCAGACUAGACAUCGGCAACGAGAAGGGAGACACCCCCCUGCACAUAGCUGCACGCUGGGGCUACCAGGGCAUCAUAGAGACACUGCUGCAAAACGGAGCCCCCACCGACGCCCAGAACAGACUGCGAGAGACGCCGCUCACCUGUGCCUUAAACUCCAAGAUUCUGGCCAUCCUGGAGGCCCGUCAGCCAUCCUUCGACAGGCGGCAGAAGUCCGCUGAGGGCCCCGAGCAGUCGCCUCCACGCUCCGGGGACUCCAUCAGCCAGGGCUCCUCCAGCUCCAGCUUCUCGUCGGCGUCAGCGAGCUCCAGGCAGGAGGAGGCCAAGAAGGACUACAGAGAGGUAGAAAAACUUCUAAGAGCGGUAGCCGAUGGCGAUCUGGAAAUGGUGCGUUACCUUUUGGAGUGGACAGAGGAGGACCUGGAUGAGGCGGAGGGUGCCGGCAGCGCCGCGGAUCUCGAAUUCUGCCACCCGCUGUGCCAGUGCCCCAAGUGUGCUCCAGCUCAGAAGAAGCUGGCAAAGGUUCCCGCCAGUGGGCUUGGUGUGAACGUGACCAACCAGGAUGGCUGCUCCCCGCUGCACGUCGCCGCCCUGCACGGUCGGGCGGACCUCGUGCCCCUUCUGUUGAAGCACGGUGCCUAUGUCGGCGCCAGCACUGCGAGCCAGGCCACCCCCCUGCACCUGGCCUGCCAGAAGGGCCACUUCCAGGUGGUGAAGUAUCUGUUGGAUUCUCACGCAAAACCCAACACGAAGGACGGAAGUGGGAACACGCCCCUCAUCUAUGCCUCUUCUGGCGGCCAUCAUGAAGUCGUGGCGCUGCUGCUGCAGCACGGAGCCGCCAUCAACGCCUGCAACUACAAAGGCAACACGGCGCUGCACGAGGCGGUGAUGGGGAGGCACGUCUUCGUGGUGGAGCUGCUGCUGCUGCACGGGGCGUCGGUGCACAUCGUGAACAAGAGGCAGCGCACGGCCGUGGACUGUGCCGAACGCAAUUCCAAGAUAAUGGAGUUACUUCAGGUCGUCCCGAGCUGCGUCGCCUCGCUAGAGGCUGCUGGCGAGCCAGACAGCAAGGAGUGUGUUACUGUGAAGAUCAGGAAAAAAUGGAACUCAAAAAUGUACGAUCUCCCCAAUGAACCUUUCACAAGAGAGUUUUGCUUUGUGGGUCAGUUCAAGGGAAGGACUUCAAGGGAGAUUAUGGCAAGAGGUAGAAGUGUUCCUAAUUUUACUGAAGGUUCUUUGCGUGAGCCAGAGAGGCAAGGAGACACCCUGAGACAGAGUAACGUCCUGCCAGAGCCGAGCCGGCCUCAGACCGCGGACGGGGGAAACAGCGAGCCGCCCGGCCUCACACAGACUGCUCCGGCAAACGGGGGCAGCAGGCGCCUGCAGCGCAGACACACAGUCGAGGGCCCUGAGGCCGCUGGCCACCCUGCCAUGCCCCAAGAGGCCAGUAAUUCCCAGUCCCAGCAGUAAUCAGGGGUUGUUAAAUCUGUGGCCAAGUGAGUACACCAGGUGGUGGGCAUGAGCACAGCCUGGUGCUAACGCUAGCACUCUCAAAUAACUGGCUUGAAGAGAGGAUUUUUUGGGGCGAAGGAAAGAAGGCGACAAGACCCUUCGGCCGUCCUCUUCAAGGCUAAUGACCGCAUGUGAUAAGGAAUGGACAGAAAUUCCAGUGUUCAUGGCCAGAUCCUCAAGUCCGGUGUGGGUCUCAGCGCCAGAGCAGGAGCACUUCCUGCUGACAGGGCGCCUCUGGGAUGUGUAUGAACCAGUAAGAACCAGCAAACCGCAAGCUAAGACAAUCCCCCCACUUGGGGUGAGCUGAAGAGCAGCAGUUUAGGUUUCAUGGUACCACGGGGGCCAGGCAGAAAUGUCACAUCUGAAUGCAGAAACAGGGCCUGGAAAACGUUCCUUUGUAAAAGCAAGACUUGAACCCAAAGAUGCCUAGAUGCCAUCGUGAUGUUCAUUGUAGCGACAUCUUACAACCAGCCCACACCAUGAAUAUGGAAGCAGCUGGGUAUAAUUUUUCUCCCGCAGCACUGCACACGCGUACUCGCAGAAGUGUUUCCAGGAAUGUCUCUUUCUUUUGAGAACCUCCCUUAAAUGUCACACCCGACAGAUGGUUACUAGAGUCGAUUUGGCACAUCUUUUCUUAGUCUUCUGAUUCAAAUCCAAACAGCACAAACCAGGUCAAAGUUACUUUAGGUUAGAAUUUAUGGCCACUUAUUCCUUUUUAUAAAUUUCUAUAGAUUACACUGUUAUUUUUUUAUGUUACUGGUCUAGAGCUGCAAACAUGGGUUUGUCCUGAGUACCUCCUCAGAUAACUUUGUAAUAAGGAAACGGUUUUGUGCAUGUUCUUGGAAAUGCUUGUGUAUGUAUAGAAAGGAGCGGUGAUUAUUUUUCUACAAAGUAAUUUAUGAUUUCUAAUUUUCUAAUGUGCCUUGGAAAUGUGCCAAAUGAUGGAAAAGAAAUAGUAAACUUUAUGAUUCUGA